AUGGAGCAUGUCAAGGCAAAGAACAUAGUCACUCUUACCAAGCCAUUCCUUGAUGUCUGCAAGAAAAUCUUGCCUGUCCUAGUGGUUUCAUGCGUUGCAGACUUGCAGCUCCCAGGGAUGCAUAAGAAAAGGAUCACCUGUCUUGCUGGAAGGGUGGUGUCUGAUACUAUUGCAAUUUUUGCUUCUACUUCUUCGCAUGGUAUUGUUGUUAUUUGGGAGAUGGCAAUUGAGCCCACCCCCAGUGAAGAUGCAAAUGUUCAUACCAUGGGCAAUGCUAUGGAUCAUGGAGGAGAGGUUGAUACCCUCUGUUUUCAAUACAUAGAGAUUGAAUUUCCAGAGCACAUGAACAAUGAUCCAAUUGUCUCCGAAUUGAUGAAAUAUCCAUCCCUUUUAGUUUUCCUAGUGAUGUGCAAGUCUGCAACCGUAAAGGCCAUCAGCUUGAGCAAAUGA